AUGGCUAUGUUCUUAAAAUGUUUGGGUGCUACCCAAGGGAUUUCAGGUCUACAAGGCCGCUCUGCAUCCAGCAGCAAUUCAGCAGUUGACACAAUAGCGUUUGAAAACGUCGGUUUCACAGGUUAUUACUACGACGUUCAGGAGAUUCUGAACGCAGAUUCAGAAGAUUGCUCAUGCACUCUCUCCGACUCCUUCACGGUUUUUGAAGGAUCCAAUGCACCACUUGAUGAGGAACUUUCAAUUCACUUUCGUGGACCAUUGUCUCUUUGGCUGUUUGGGGCAUAUACAGCUGACGACUCAUCGAGUGGCACUUGGGACAGAGUCUCCUACUAUGAUUCGAAUAGUCAGGCUUCAACCAACAUAACGUUUUUGACACAUGCUGGUGAAUCCUCAACUUGUCUAGGAUCAGCACUCACAUUUGCAAGUGGCAACGGUACUGGAUAUGCUGAUUCAUCGACAAUUUUAGAAAGUAACAACUUGAUUAAUUCCAAUGAAGAAUUCAUUAUCUUUUCGGGCCUGGCUUGUCCCGACUCCGGGUUUGAUAAUUCUUGUGGUAUUUAUAGAAGUGGAAUCCCUGCAUAUCAUGGAUUUUCAGGUACCACCAAAAUGUUUUUGUUUGAAUUCGAAAUGCCAGAGGCUAAUGUGACUCUGGAAUAUUACUACAACAUGCCAGCGAUUUGGUUUUUGAAUGCAAAAAUACCAAGAACAUCUCAAUAUGGAUCAGAUGCAUCGUGCUCUUGCUGGAACUCUGGUUGUGGUGAAAUCGAUAUUUUCGAAGUAAUGAACUCUUCUACUACUGGUCAACUUUACGCGACUAUCCACGAUUAUCAAGGCACAGGUGAUAUCAACACUGGCAUGCAAGCUGAUGGAUAUUUUUCUAGAGACGUAAGCUCAACGAUGAAAGGCGGUGUUGUAUUUGGCACUGACGGCACCAUCUCGAUCUUUAUGCUGGAUAGUUUGGAAAUUUCGGAGUCUCUAGACGCAAGCUCAGUAGCAUCAUGGAUUUCUACAGCUGAUGAAGUUGUGGACACUUUGUCUAGUGUUACCAUGAACACAUCCACAACGGCUUCAAAGAGUUCCAAUGGUGUCAUGAGCAUCAGCCAAAGCCGAAGUGCAGCAUUCAUGUCUUUCGUUUUUCUGCUUUUUAUGUAUUUUUAA